UGGAGCUGGCCUCCGGCAGCCGGGCAGAAAGGAGGAGGACGGGGACCAAGGAGAGAAAGAGGAGGAGGAGGAGGAGAAAGAAGAAGACGACGACAAGAACCGUCCCUUCGGGGAUGCGCUGCUGAGACUAAGCCAGCCCAGCGAUGGGGAUGCUGCUGCCUGGAGACCGCGGCUUUUUCUCUAGAUUCUGGGCUGCGCUCCUACGAAGAAUACGCGGAGAGAAAUCCUGGGCCAGAAAACUUGACGAAACCAACCUGUUGCAACAGAAGAGGAUCUGGGAAUCUCCCCUCCUCCUGGGUGCAAAAGAAAAUGAUCUCUCAGCCAUCCAGAAGCUGAUAGUGAGCCAUACCUGUGACCUUCAUGAGCGAGGUGCUGUUGGGGAGACCGCUCUUCAUGUAGCUGCCUUAUACAAUAAUUUAGAAGCUGCUCAGCUCUUGAUCAAUGCAGCUCCAGAACUUGUGAAUGAACCUGUGACCUCUGAGUUGUAUGCUGGGGAGACAGCACUUCACAUAGCUGUGGUAAACAAAAACCUGGGCCUGGUGAAAGCUUUGCUUGAGAAGGGAGCAGACAUAAAUGGACCUCGUGCUACUGGAUACGUUUUCAGGAGAAGAAGUGACAGUCUUUUCUAUUUUGGGGAACACAUUUUGUCAUUUGCAGCAUGUGCUGGGAGUGAAGCCAUUGUCCAGUUGCUGAUUGAAAAUGGCGCUAAGAUUCGAGUGCAGGAUUCCCUGGGUAAUUCGGUCUUCCACAUCUUAAUCCUCCAGCCUAACAAGGCAUCCGCAUGUCAAAUAUACGAUCUUCUCCUUUGCUAUGACAAGAAAGAGAAGGGUCUCGGGGACCCGGAUGCUGUCCUCAACUAUGAGGGACUCACCCCAUUUAAGCUGGCUGGGGUAGAGGGCAACACUGUGAUGUUCAACCACCUAAUGCAAAGAAGAAAACACAUCCUAUGGAGUUUUGGGUCUUUGACGUCUACCUUGUAUGACCUUACAGAAAUUGAUUCAUGGGGUGAUGAUCAAUCUCUUCUGGAACUUAUUGUCACCACAAAAAAGAGAGAGGCCCGAAGAAUCCUCGACCUUACUCCUGUGAAUGAGCUGGUAAGCCUGAAGUGGAAUAAAUACGGACGACCAUAUUUUUGUAUUCUGGCCUUGUUCUACGUCCUGUACAUGAUUUGCUUCACAAUGUGUUGUGUCUACCGACCACUGAAAGAGCGAAGCUUCAACAAAACAAAUGAAAGAGAUAACACAAUCUAUGUUCAGAAACGUUUGCAGGAGUCUUAUAUUACUUCUGAAGAUAAUCGCAGACUUGUUGGUGAGUUGAUCACUGUUGUUGGAGCCAUUGUGAUAUUGAUCUUGGAGAUUCCAGAUAUCUUCAGAUUUGGAAUUACCAAAUACUUUGGGCAAACUAUCCUCGGAGGACCUUUCCAUGCCAUCAUCAUUGUGUAUGCCUGUAUGAUUCUGUUGACUAUGGUGAUGCGCCUAACUAGCACCAAUGGAGAAGUUGUACCGAUGUCUCUGGCUCUGGUGCUUGGCUGGUGCAAUGUUAUGUACUUUGCACGUGGAUUUCAGAUGCUUGGGCCCUUUACCAUCAUGAUACAAAAAAUGAUAUUUGGAGACCUCCUCCGUUUCUGCUGGCUCAUGGCGGUGGUCAUCCUUGGGUUUGCAUCUGCAUUUUACAUUAUCUUCCAAACAGAGGACCCUGAUGAACUGGGCCAUUUUUAUAGCUAUCCCAUGGCCCUCUACAGCACAUUUCAGCUCUUUCUCACCAUCAUUGAUGGACCUGCCAACUAUGAGGUGGACUUGCCUUUUAUGUAUGGCAUCACUUAUUCUGCUUUUGCUAUUAUUGCGGCCCUUCUUAUGCUCAACCUCCUUAUUGCCAUGAUGGGGGAUACUCACUGGCGUGUGGCCCAUGAGCGGGAUGAGCUUUGGAGAGCACAGGUUGUUUCCACUACCAUUAUGCUAGAGCGCAAAUUCCCACAGUGCCUCUGGCCUCGCUUAGGCAUCUGUGGAAAGGAAUAUGGGCUAGGUAACCAGAGAUAUUUGAGGGUUGAAGAUCGUUGUGAAAUAAGGCAGAUGUCUGUUAAAACAAAUGGGCCUUACCGAAGAGAUGCCUUUGAGAAGUACUUGCAGAGGAAACCGACACAGGAUGUAGCAGCUGAUGGAAAAGAUGGUCGACCAAUUUUGUCAAAUGAGCAGAAGUACAUUGGUGCUCCUUCAAAUACAGCAAACACUAAUAGUCGCUGGAACAUCUUACGGCAGAAUACGCUUGUCCACAAGCAGGGAUAUACCAAUCAUGCCAUGGAAGAUGAGAAGGAGGAGGAAGUUUAUCAUGUGUGAAUGUAUAGGCCCAAGUGCCUCUGUGGAAAGUAAGAUAAACUGUGGAAAGUAAGAUAAAGUGGGAUAAAAAAACAUCUAACAAAGCAACGUCUCCAUUCAAAAGUGUACAUAACAGACAUUAAAGACAGCUUCAGCAUUCUCGUAACACUGCAUGCAGUGCUUCUGAGACAGAUGUAUAGAAUAUAUCUUCAUGCUUCUCAGAACAACUGGUCAAAAGAAUGAUGGUAUACAGUUAUUCCCACCAGCUGAAACUCACUCAUACUUAGGAGCAGGACAGUGUAAUAUAGCAGUUAAAGAGCUAGAUUAGAACCAGGGAGCCAACAAUCAAGACCAAUCUCAGCUACGGGAUGAUGUUAGGCUAGUCUCUCUGCUCUCUGUCAGUCUACCUCAUAGGGUUGCCUCAUAUAGGAGAUCCUCACAUAGGCUAACUUGAGUUCUUGGAAGAAAGCCGAGCUAAAUCUAGCAUAUAUUUUAUAUGAAAGUCAAACGCUAAUAAAGAUGAAUGCCAGUGUGGAUGUUCAGUGUUAAGUAUUUGCAUUCCAAGGAACAAGUAAACUCCACUUAAAGGCUCCAAAUGUAUGGCUGUGGAUUUAAAACUGGGAAAUUGAUCUGAGAGGUAUAAGGUACAUUUUAACAUACACUAGACAACCCAUUGGGUCAUUGUUUCAGAGAUAUUUUCUUACCUAAAAAGAAUGAUCAAGGACAAAAAAGCAUUAGAAAUAGGAGUGCCUUCUAUUUCUUCCUAGCUUCCUAGCUUUGUGGCUGAUUGCCUUCUGGUAGUUGAUGACAGGACUGUUCUAUACAGACUCUAGAGAGCAAGAGUCUGCUGGUCUACCUGAUUUCAAGGGGCCAAAGGCAAGGCCAGUCUACCCAGCCUCCAGAGGGUUAGGGCAGGACCAUCUACUGAACCUCUGGGCUGUGGUGUGGCAGUUCUGAAAUGAUCAUUAAUUUGCCAAAUUUCAGGCCCACUGGAGUCACAGGUCCUGGACUUUGGACACAUUCUGCAAGUUAGCCCUUUUGAGGUAACUUGGUUCAAAAAUUGUUCUAUGAGGCACUGUUUUGCCUGAUUAAAGGACACAGACAGAGUGUUAUAGUAUAUAGAUUCACAUGGAAAAUUAUGAAUAGAAUUUUAGUAGACAAAGCAAGAAGAUUGCUGGAUCAAGACAUAUUUGGUGUGUGUUUUGUAUUAUGUAUAGCAUAAUGUAUUAAUUGAACAAAUGAGGCAGGUAGUGUCUGUUAUUCAUAAUACUAUACUAAAUAUGCCAGUGUAGGGAGUCUUCAAUUUAUGAGUCUGGAAUUACAGUUGUAAGUCACAUCACAUGAUCUUAUCUGAUUUUACAACUUUUUUUGAAAUGGUCAUUAAUAUAAACACGGUUUUUAAGUGAAUGCAGUGGUUGUUAAGCAAAUCCUUGUCCCCAGUGGGUAUAUUUCUUUGGCCGGAAAUGGGAAGUAAACAUUGGUUUCUAACAAAAAAAAAAAUCAUAAAUCUUGAUCACAUGAAAAUAAUUGUAAAUACAGUCUGGUUGUUGAGUGCCCAAAAUAUAAUCACAUGACCACAGGGGGUGCAGGUCAUCAGAAUUUUGAAACCAGGUUGUAAGUAGGUCUGUUGUAAUUUUGAAUAGCUGCUAAGCAACUGGUCAUAAGUCAAGAACCUCCUCUAUAUCAUCACAACAAUGUACUUAGAUUGCAUUCUGAAAUCAUGAAACAAAUGAUAUACAUUGAUGCAACUGAUGUCAUUUGUGUGAUUUGUGUGACAAAUAUGUGACAAAUUUGUAUGACAACAAAUUAUGUAAAUCACCACACAUAUUUGGUUUGUUACAGGCAAAUUUAGUAUACUGAGAUCUGUUAAAUCAAAGGUCUGUUCUAUUGGAUUUUAGUGCUCAUUACAUUAAUUUGCAUUGUCUUUAUCCAGUUUUCUUUCCUUCUUUAUUAUCAUUACUGUCAAACCAUGUUUCAUUAAUUGGUUUUGUGCCCAUGAGCCUCUCUGACUCAAAUUCUCUGGCACGAAUGAUUGUGGAACACUUGGAGCUUUCCACUUUUGAGUGGAAACCCCCAAAAUUUCCCAAGCAUGUUCAUGAAUCUGGAUCAGCAUUGAAAUGUUGUCAUUGCUGUAUAGAACACAAGAUAUAGAAAGGACUCUUGAUUCCUCCAAGGACAAAGACCCUUUUUCAGGGCCUUCCAGAAGUCCUUGCAAAUCUUAGGGACUGGAUGGCUGCUGAAAGAAGAUUGGUCAAUGCUUGUGGAUAUGGCAAUGAGGAAUAUAAGUUCUCCUUUACUAUUUAAAUCUUGCAUAUUUCACCAACUCCCGACUGGACUGGCCAAGCACAAUGUUUCAUAUAAGAGAACAAGAAAGGAUUUGGAGAAAUAGUUGAGCUGCAUUAUACAACUAAAAUACAUUUCAUCCUACUGAUGCCAGUAAUGACAGAUAUUAAUUAAAGGAGAAAGGCAGACUCAAGAUGGGAGAUAUUACUGCCCUGUAUUUCUUCCUUCUUUGUGAGUGUAUGCAGAAGAACACAGGCUGUAACCUCUGGUCAUCUUAUGCUUUUUUUACAUUUCCAUUGGAACAUAACUAUUCUUGCACUGUCUAGCUCCACUUAUGAAGGGCAGCCUCCUUGAAAACAGCAGCCAUCUAGUGGAGCAAAGGCAGGGAAAUCAGAGAUACCAUAUCACAUGUGGGUUAUCUACAUCUUACUGGAGACAGCUGUGGUACUGCCCUUCCCUCCUUAUGAAAAUCAUUUUCAAUUUGUCGGCAGAAGAAAACGGGCCAUUGCUCUUUUGCACAAGCUAAUUUGGCAUGCUAAAAGCAACUUUUGCCUGCCUCUGAGGCUGAUGUUUAUGAGAAGGUCAAGGAAUUAUGUGAAGCAAUCAAGCCCCUGCCUACCAAGCUGCAUCACUACCAAACCUCAUUUUUCUAUUUUGUUGACUACAAGGCGGUGGAUUUUGGUUUUCCCUUCCUAAGUCUUGGUUGAAUAUAACUUCAUUUUUCACACUUUUCAAUCCCUUCAUUGUUCGUACUGCGAACUAAUGUUAGACGACAUUGCAGUCCAAUUCUACUACAUAUGCAAAACAUUCCAAUAUGCUGAUCAAAGACUGUAAUAAAAGUUUACUGACCUACCUAUCAAAUAAUUUAAUAAAUUAUGUAUAUUUGU